UGAGCCCUGAGCCGGGUGGAGCCAGCUGCCAGGGCGGCAAAGCUUCCCAGCCUCCCUCGGCGGCACUUGGCCCGGAGGGGAGGCCAAGAGGGUUGUGUGCCCGGAGGCCCGAUGAGGACGCUACUGACCAUCCUGGCUGCGGGAUCCCUGGCCGCAGCUCACAUUGCUGAGGACACCUCAGAUCUCCUCCAGCGGGUGACAUUCCAGUCCAGCAACUUCGAAAACAUCCUGACCUGGGACAGCGGGCUGGAGAGCGCCCCAGACACAGUCUACAGCGUCGAGUAUAAGACGUACGGGGAGCCGGCGUGGCUGGCAAAGGAGGGCUGCCAGCGGAUCACCCGGAAAUUCUGCAACCUGACCGCGGAGACGGGCAGCCUCAUGGAGCUCUACUACGGCAGGGUGACGGCCACCGGCGCGGGGGGCCGGUCCGCCACCAAGAUGACCGAGCGCUUCAGCUCACUGCAGCACACUACCAUCAAGCCACCUGAUGUGACCUGUAUCCCCACAGUCAGAUCCAUCCAGAUGAUUGUCCAUCCCACCUCCACGCCCCUCCGGGCCAAGGAUGGCCACCAGCUGACCCUGGAGGAGAUCUUCCAUGACCUGUUCUACCGCUUAGACCUCCACAUCAACCAGACCUACCAAAUGCACCUCGGAGGCAAGCAGAGAGAGUACGAGUUCAUCGGCCUGCCGCCCGACACGGAGUUCCUGGGGACCAUCACCAUUCUUGUCCCAUCCUGGUCCAAAGAGAGCGCGCCCCACACGUGCCGCGUGAGGACGCUGCCAGACCCCACAUGGACCUACUCCUUCUCCGGGGCCUUCCUCUUCUCCAUGGGCUUCCUGGUCGCAGUGCUCUGUUACCUGAGCUACAGAUACGUCACCAAGCCGCCCCAGCCCCCCAACUCCCUGGACGUCCAGCGUGUCCUGACCUUCCAGCCUCUGCGGUUCAUCCAGGAGCACGUGCUGGUCCCCGUCCUGGACCUCAGUGGCCCCGGAGGCCUGGCCCAGCCCUGCCAGUACUCCCAAGUCACGGCGUCUGUGCCCAAGGAGCCCACGGGGGCCAUGAGGCGGCACAGCCGGCCCGAGGUCACCUACCUGGGGCAGCCCUCCCAGGCACUGCCUCCCCAGACGGGCUCACCGCCGUCCUACGCGCCCCAGGCUGCCCCUGAGGCCGGGCCCCCGGCCUACACGCCUCAAGCCACCCCUGAGGCCAAAGCCCCAUCCUACGCUCCGCAGGCCGUCUCUUCCUACACCCCCCAGGCCGCCCCGGACAGCUGGCCGCCGUCCUACGGGGUGUGCAUGGAGGCAUCUGGCAAAGACUCCGCUCCUGGGACGGGCCCUAGUCCCAAGCCCCUCCGGACGAAGGGCCAGCUCCAGAGAGAGCCCCCAGCUGCUGGCCUCUCCCUGCAGGGGGUGGCUCCCGGGGCCUGGGAGGAGCCCCAAGAGGCCAAGUCCUUCCCCCAGCACCUGUGCGCUGACACGGACAGAGCACCCGGCACUGCGGGGCUGCACCAGGGGGAGCCCGGAGCUCCGGGGUACCUGAAGGGCCAGCUGCCCCUCCUCGCCUCCGUCCAGAUUGAGGGCCGCCCGGCGUCCCUCCCCCUGCACACCCCUUCCCUCCCGCGUCGUCCCACGGACCAGGCUUCAUGUCCCGGGGGGCUGCUGGAGUCCCUCGUGUGUCCCAAGGACGAUGGGCCCGGGUCCGAGCCUGAGGCCACGAGCGUGGUGGCCCCUGGGGCCUCAGCCCCGGAGCAGCCCACAGAGCUGGACUCCCUCUUCAGAGACCUGGCCCUGACCGUGCAGUGGGAGGCCUGAGUGGACAGCAGGACAGCCUGGGGCUUCCCCGUCACCCCCAGCCCAACCUCACGUCCGUCCACUGCCGGCACCCCCAGCCCAGCCGCCUCGGUGGAGGCGCAGAGGGAGCCAGAGGGAGGGCGGGCGGGCGGCGUGGGCCUGCCACCGCUCGGAAGGAAGGCACGGUGAGGACAUCAGAUGGGGAGUGACGGGCACGCAGCCUGUGCCAACGUGUGUGUGCCAAAGAGUGUGUACGCAGAGCCCUGCAGGGAAGGCGGGACAGUCAGUGCGGGGAGGUAACGCAGGGGGACUCCCGAGGCCGGGGCCCAGCCCCUCAUACGCUGGGCACAAGGUCCUCCAGGCGCCUAUGCCUCCUCGCCUGCUCCUGGCCAGCUUCAGAGUCUCCUCGGACAGACCGGGAGGUCGGCCUCCUCUGACUCCCGGUGAGAGAG